AUGAGUUCAGGUGCAAAUUUGGUUAGUACAAUUAUUGGAUUUGGAAUGAGUGCAACUUUCAUUGUUUUUGUUUGUACAAGAAUAAUCUGUGGAAGAUUUAGAGAAAGACAUGUGGGUUCACGCACUAUAUAUCAGAUUGAAUCCAGACCAGAUAUUGAACAGCCAGAAUGUGUUGGUAAUGAACCGGAGCCAGCAUUUGUUGCUGCAAUUCCUACUUUAAAUUUCAACCAAGAGGCUUUUAAUACCAUUCAAUGUACACAGUGUGUGAUAUGUUUGGGAGAUUACAAAGAAAAAGAAGUAUUGCGCAUAAUACCUUAUUGUGGACACACUUUUCAUCUUUCUUGCAUUGAUAUUUGGCUUAGGAAACAAUCCACUUGUCCUGUGUGUCGUUUGACAUUGCAUAAUGUUUGUGAAGAAAAACAUGUGAGACCUGUGGGGUUCACCAUAAGAGAGACUCUUGAUGAGUCUAGUAGUUCAGAAGAGAAUGAGAGAGAAGUUGAAGGUAAUGUGAGAGAGACAGAAUCAGGGUAG